UUCAUUUGGCUUCACUUGCAGAGGCGGUCUGUGUGCUGUCCAACAGUUUACUGAGAGCUGGAGGUUUCCAAACUUCAUUCCUGUAGAUCUGCAAAUGAAGUCUAAUCCGGACAGACUGGGAGCUCACUUGUGAUGGCGCACGACGUUAGCAGUUUAACUGGAGAGGAGUAUUUUGAAGGGAAAUCACCCCUUUGUCCAGACACAGACGCUUCGAGUCACGGGGAUAAAGACUAUGAUGACAUUUUGGAGCUUAAUCAGUUUGAUGGACUGCCUUAUUCCUCCAGGUUUUACAAACUGCUGAAAGAAAGAAAAGAGCUGCCAGUGUGGAAAGCAAAAUGUGAAUUCAUGGACACUUUGGCCAAAGGGCAGUUUGUUGUUGUCAGUGGUUCUGCUAAAACUGGGAGGAGUUCUCAAAUUCCCCAGUGGUGUGCCGAGUUCUGCCUGUCAGUCCAGUUCCAGCACGGCAUGGUGGUUUGUACCCAGACUCACACCCAGCAGGCUGUUGAUCUCGCCUUAAGGGUGGCCGAUGAGAUGGACGUCAACAUUGGCCAUGAAGUCGGGUACAGCAUCCCUUUGGACACAUGCUGCACCGGCGACACAGUCCUCAGGUACUGUACAGAUGACAUGCUGCUGAGAGAGAUGAUGUCAGACCCUUUACUUGAGAACUACAGCGUGGUAGUCGUGGACCAGGCCCACCAGAGGACCGUAGCCACCGACGUACUGCAGGGUCUGCUGAAGGACAUCGCCCUGCAGAGGCCGGAGCUCCGUGUGGUCCUCCUCACCUCGGGCGAGCCCGGCCCCAAGCAGCUGGCCCACUUCUCCGGGUCAGCGGCGCCUCUGAUUCACCUGGAGAGCCCCGUCGCAGGAGAGGUGGUGUACAGCAGCACAGGUGGAGGCUACUUCUGCUCUGCUCUCCGUCUGGUGCUGGAGAUUCACCACUCCGAAGAGGAAGGAGAUGUGGUUGUGUUUCUGGUGACGACACAGGAGAUAGAUCUGGCCCAUGACAUCCUGCGUCAUGAGGUGCACAGCUUACCCCGUGACCUGGGUGAGCUCCUGCCUGUUGCUGUGCACCCUGGCCGGCCUGGGAAUCUCCCAAUCCCGGGGGAGGAGGAGACGGGCCGGACCCGCAGAGUAUUCCUCACAUCCAGCCCAAACGAGGACUUCUUCUGGGCUGUUAGAUCAAUCAGCUUUGUCAUUGAUGCCGGCCUUGAGAAAAGAUAUGUUUACAACCCCAGGAUCAGAACAAACUCGGUCAUCAUUCAGCCAAUCAGCAAAGGUCAGGCCGAGAGUCGCAAACAGCUGGCGACAGGUCCGACAGGCAAGUGUUUCUGUCUGUACCCAGAGGACAGACAGCUUCCCGCCGAGGUACGACCACACAUCGUGGAGUCAGACAUCACUUCCACUGUGCUCUUCCUGAAGAGGAUGGAGAUCGCAGGGCUGCACCACUGUCACUUCCUCGACAGGCCAGAUCCUGGAGGUCUGAUGCAGGCUUUAGAAGAGCUGGACUAUCUGGCAGCUUUGGAUAAUGAUGGCAACCUGUCUGAGAUGGGCAUCAUCAUGUCCGAGUUAACCUUGGAGCCGCAAAUGGCCAAGACUGUGCUCGCCUCCUGUGAGUUUGACUGUGUCAGCGAGGUGGUCAUCAUCGCCGCCAUGCUAACAGCACCAACUUGCUUCAUGGUUCCCUCUGUGGACCUGAAGCCAGAGGCCACCCAGUGCCACAUGAAGUUCCAGCACCCAGAGGGAGACCACUUCACCCUUAUCAAUAUCUACAAGGCCUUUAAGCAGUGCCAGCAGGAUCCAUACUGUAAUGUGGAGAAGUGGUGUAAGGAUUUCUACCUGAACCACACUUCUCUGCUGAUGGCUGACGCGCUUCGUUCUGAGCUCACCGACAUUCUGAAGAGGAUCGAGCUGCCCGUCUCAGUGCCCGCCUUCGGUUCCCGAAGCAACACCUUCAACAUUAAGAGAGCCCUGCUGGCAGGUUUCUUUAUGCAGGUGGCGCGGGAUGUGGAUGGGUCAGGGAACUACUUCAUUAUGACCCAUAAGCAUGUGGCACAGAUCCAUCCUCUGUCUGGCUACGGAGCCAAGAGCCCCAAGCUGGGCCUGCCGGAGUGGGUGCUGUUCCAUGAGCACUCCUUCUCCGAGGACAACUGUCUCCGCACCGUCACCCACAUAACACCGGAGGAGUUCAUUCAGAUGGCACCACAGUAUUUCUUCUACAAUCUACCGCCAAGCGAGAGCAAAGACAUCCUCCAAAACAUUUUGAACCAUGGAGCUUCGACACCUCCAACCUCCCAACAGGAACCCCAAGAGGACCAGACCAAUGACCGUUGUGUCAUACAGUGACUGACUGAGUCACUGUUCCCAGUCGUGGUGGUGAAAUAACCAGUAUUACCAGUAACCAGUAAGCACUUAUUGCACUAUACUGUACAGAAUCACAUUGUUCGGGUAGUUGUUGUUGGGUAGUUGUUUUUUUUUCAUCUGUGCCCUUAAUCUAUCAUUUCUGUCAUAACACCCAUGUUCUGUAUUUAUCUUUGAUAGUUAUACAAAGUUCCUAUGUUGAUUUUCAGUGUCUGAUUAUUUAUAUUUUUACUUAAUCCUCCUAUUCAAUAGAACAAUCUGGUUACUAAAUUGCAAAGAAUAAUUUUUGUACUACAGUGAGAUUUACAAUGUAAUGAUUCUGCGGCUCUGCUUCAAGCUCCUCACUCUCACCUCUUACCUUCAGUCACUGUCCAACAGUCAGUCACCCACAGCACCGAGGGUCCAGCCUGAUUAAUGAGGUGCAGGGACAGUUUGGGUCCCCCCUGCAGCUCCAUCUGGUGUGGAUACAGCUCAGUAACAGCGGGGUGACCCAGUUCACUGACACUGCAUUAAAAACAUCAUGUCGCCUCUUCAGUGACUCGGGCUGAACGAGUUGGUGCCAGAGGGUACGGUGCCACUAAAAAUCUUUCACUCUGAAUUGUGCUUUUGAAGGCAAAGCAG